AUGAAUUGUGUUAGCGGAGGACGGGAACACCCGGGAAAACAUUCCAUUCGGAUGUCGACCAAACGAUACACGAUAAUCUCGAGCAAUCAUAUGACUCCUCCGCACGUGACUUUAUUUACAGUUGACUGAUACUCGCGAACAUGUAUGGUGCAGUUCCCUGUGACAUGAUAGACCAAAAACGAAACAAAGUUAACGAGCAAUGCGGUAGCUAUAAACGAUCGUUGGUUUAUGAUGCCUUUGCUUGAUAAGCUGUUCCCUUCGAGGAAGAAUUUCAGGAAUAAAGUACAAACCAUCGUAGCAUCGAACGUCGAAACAGAAGAAGAUGAUAGAAACUCCGCAUUAUACAUUGGGGCAGGUCAAGUUCGGAUUUUACUGUUCCGAGAGUGUGAAUGGCGCGGGAGAAAACUCCUUUUUGAUUCUCUUUCCUUGGAGAAAAGAUGGUGCAAAAAUAAAACAGCCACGAUUAAUCUUAAAAAGAAUACCGGCAAUUCGAUGUUCGAGCAAGAAAGAAUGGCCGAAGACGACGUAAGCUUAUUGAGCGAAAUGGUAUUCGGUACUGUGGCGAUGACGUACAGAGGGUCAUCAUUUAAGAUCCAUUCAAUGAAUUCACCAUCUUGCAUCAUGUGCACAAAAGUCUUUCCUGCCACAGAACACAACAUAUGCAAACAGCAGACCGAGAAAGUCUCGGACGAAGGAUUGGGUCGUUCCGUGAACUUGGAUUCUAAUCCCAGUAUGCGAACACUUUUAUCCCGACCAAGUUCUGGAAACCUAUCAGGAUCCGAAUUAAACACCGGUGUCAGAAAAAAUUCUACUUGCUCUAGCACCGGUAGUGGAUGGAAUAUAGACAUACCACCACCGACAGGGAGUUCACAAUCGUUGGAGAGCAAUGGAUCCUCUGGUAUUGGUAGCCUUUCGAGUUUACGUCGAAGGUGGUUAAGAGCUGCUUCCACUUCUUUAGCGCGAUUAGAUUCUGAUGAUACGUUUGGAAUGCAGUACUGGACCGAGAAUGGAAAUGAUAAUAAAGAGAUUCAUACUAAACGUCAUAAAACAAGGCUCGGAUUAACGAUGUUGGUCCAACUAGCCGAAGGCCAUGAGAGAAGAAUAGAGACCUGUCUGUUAGAGCACAUGGCUCUAUUGGAAGGAAUGCUGGAUCGUUUACGAUAUUUCUGUAUUGAAUCGGGUAGUAUCAGUGCUCAAAAUAAAGGAAUGCAGCUUCCUGAACGGCUUUAUAGAUCUUCGCAAUUCAUUGUUUCGUUAUUGCGUUUACUUACAAAUAUUGAUGCGGAUUUGAACUCGCGCACACCCUUGCUAUGGCAUGAUGUGCUACUUAAUUCAGUGAAAGUAGAGCAUAAGAUAAGUGUGCUGCAUCGUAGUUUAGAACAAAUGUGUCAAUUGUUGGAUAAUAUCGAUACAAAGUCGAGCAACUUUUUUUUAAGUACUGUCGUCACUGCUGUUCUAACAUAUCAUCUUGGUUGGAUAUAUACUACACUGCCAAUUCAUGAUCGACAAUUGAUGGAAAAAUUAGGCACCUGGUAUCCUUGUAAUCCACUAUGGGUUCAAUUAGGUGAUUUAUAUGGUGCAUUAAGUAAUCCCAUCAGGGUAGCGCAUACAGUCGUUGCAGGCGAUCCUCAGAAGGUCGAUUUGAUUAAUUCUGUUUUAUCCUUCUUGUCGUACUUCAUCCGUAGUGGAGUAGUACAGAAACAACAAGAAUAUUGUAACGUUACUGAAGAAGACAUUCAAGAAGCUGCAAGUCUUUUAGAACAAGCGAGAAUAAAACGCCCACAUUUAUUCACUACGAAAGCAACAACUAAUGAUCGAGAGUCUAUGAUUUCCCGACGUGUGUUAUGCACAUCUGUUCGAAAAAAAAUUGCCGUACAAGAGCUUUCGUACGAUGCAGAAGAUGAUAACGCUAUUAUGCAAAGCUCAUAUCCUGAAUACAAUGAGGGAAGAUUAAGAGUAGAAGGAUCUAUUAGCUCUCUUAAACGUAGCAUCACGAUGGAAUCAAAUCUUGAUUCAUUUAUGCUAAAAACGUUUGAACCUGAAACAGACACGAAAUUCAUUUCGAAGAAACUUCCUCGCGAUGAUGACGGCAAUGAAAAGAGCACCGUCAACGAAAGAACUUGUACAUCAAGCAAAGUUAAAAUAGUAGUGAGCGAAAUUGCACCACAAGAUGUCGACUUGAGCAAGACUGGUAUGCAACAGUGUCCUGAAUUUUCGCUACGUAAUUUUGAAAAGAAGGUGGAAGAUAACGACUUGGAUGAAGCAUAUACGAAUUCUAAGAUAGAUGCUUUUCAAGAUUUUGACGAUACAUGUGUUGAUACAUUGAAAUUAUAUUCUAGCAGACCAGAAUUUGAAACUGGUCAAAGUACAGAUAACGAGAUGAAAAAUUCCCAUGUUUUCUUCACUCUAGGUGAUGAAGAAAAAUCUGUGAAAGCAUUAUCACGACCGCGACUUGGAUACAAUUGUCAGUGUUCAUAUAUGUUCACACGAGUACCGAGCACGUCUGCACAAUUACCCGAAGAUGUAUUGAGAAAAAUUAUUCAAAGGAACUUCCCUGAAUCAUCCAAGAGUAUUCAUCCACCAGGAGCAGUAUCAAGAUCUCUGGGAUUUUGUCAGAGGUGUAAUGGGCAAGGUUACGUACCUCCACAAAAUUAUGAUAAUUGCAAACAAGUUCUAGAAACCCCUACUAACGCAACAGAAGUGUUACGUACUUGCGGUAAUACCGUGGGUGAUGGAAGUGUUGGAUUAUCUAGAUCAAACAGUCUAGAAGCUUUGAUGGAAGCUAACAGUGUCGUCGAAUUGCCAAUGCCACGGACAAAAAAAAUGAAGACUGAUUCACACCAGGACACAGGCUUUACAAAGACACUCUUACAAAACAGAAUAAAACCCACAGAGUCACAGGGAUUAAAUAAUUCUGAACCAUCCUAUACAUGGGGUUUAGUUCUACAAGGUUUGCCAAAGAAGAAAAAGAGGAGAAGAAAGAAAGUUGUCCAGCAAGAAGCAAAUAGGAAUGACUAUGAAAUAGAUAAAGAAUUGUGGUACUGCAUACGUGAAGAAUGUCUUGCCAGUGUACGUUUUCCGACUAUUGAUCAACCAAUUGCCGAAUCACUUUGUAUUUUAGCGGAUUUAGAUACUUGGCAUGUUGGAAUCAUAUCCAAUAAUAUGCCUUCACAUACUGCACCAUUACCGGUUGGGAUGUCAAGGCUCGUUGCCAAUAUGCUGGAAGGCUUUGCUUAUUUAUGGCGGAAAUAUCAUUCAGCUUCACAAUGUAUAGGCAUAUUGGAAGCAAAACUAAGAGAAAUGUGGCUAAAAAGUGAAACAUUGGCUGAGAUGUUAUUAGCAACAGAAGUAUGCGAUGCCAAUGUUGCAAGUUUGACACACGCUCUCGAUCUCGAUGCAGCAGAUAUACCACUUUUGCUUGCAGUUGCAACUUCCCACUCUCCUGAGAUAGGCCAGAGGUUUGGUCUUACACUUACUUGACUGUAUCUUAUUUUUAUCAUGAUUUUUACUUUAGGAUAUAAAAUCCUUUUCUGUCCGAUAUAGCAAAAGCUGUAAAGUAUUUCACUAUUUCUUUACAAGAUAUGGUUGUAGAUUGUUAUUGUUGUAUUGGGUAAUAUGUCCCAAUAAACCAUCGUCCGUUCUCUAAGUGAAAAAGAUAUAUGAAUGUUCAAGCAACUUUUUUAAUUACAUUAAGAUCAAAUGUUUGUAUAUGUUUUAAAAUGUUUUAAUUUAUUGUGCAAUAUGUAAAAUCAUCUAAUUUUUGCAUUUAAAUGUUAAUAUUUCAAUAUAUAUUUUAUAAUAAAAAGAUUUUAGAGAAUGUUUAAAAAUUAUUUAAAUUAUCAAUAUAUUAAUUUUCGAAGGACGGAUGACACACGGUUCAUUAAUAAAGAAAUAACAUGAUAUUUAAUGUACAAAAAAAGCAAAAUAUAGUCUUUUUUUAGAAUAAUUGCGGAAUUAUAUGUUUAAUAUUAUUGUAAAAUAGCUAUAUAUAUAUGGGAACUAUACUUGUUUUUUUACACCAUAUAAAAGAAUUUAGAUUUAUACACCCUGUAAGAAUGGAUAAUAAAACUUAAUUUUUAUACUUCCAUA